UGUCUAUUUUCAGAUAAGGUGGGUUGUUGAGUCAGCAAACGCGCGGAUCAAGCGUUUCAAGUACUUAGACAAUGUGAUGCCAAAUAGCCAAAUACCAUUCAUUGGUGACUUUGUACGCAUUGUUUGUUCCAUCUCGAACAAAUACUUUCCCCCACUCAGUAGCACUGACCAGUCAGAGAGUGAUGUUGCUAUGGCAGCAAAAAUGGUAAGAUUGUUAGAAAAGGAAAAUGAGCUUCAGAAAAAAGUAGAGAAGACAGGUUUAGAUAGAAAACAGAAAGUGUGGAAGAAUGUCGAUGAAGAAGACAUAUAUUUCCCAGUUCUAAACAGUGAACAACUGAGUGAGCUGACACUGGGAGUUUAUCAAUUGAGUCUGUCACCAUCAUACAUUCAAGAACAUUUAGACGGAGAGUUCGACAUUAAAGUCAACAUAGAUGAUCCAAAACUACUUUGUGUCAAGAUGCAAAGCAGACACUCUUCAUCAAAAAGAUAUAUGCUUUGGAUUCAAGUUGAAAACGAGGCAGUAGAUGGAUGGUAUUGCACUUGCAGGUGCGGCUCAAGAGUAGUUGGGAUGUGUGCCCAUAUUGCUGCCAUAGUGUGGUAUCUGUCCAACGGGCGUCAUAGCGGGAGAGAAAGUUAUGGUGUCCGUGAUUGGGGUGUACACCUUUCAGACGCCGCUGAAUUUAAAAUCGACGUGGCAAUUGACGAAUCAUCUGGCAGUGAUACAGACUGAUAUAUCGUGCGACGUUGUUUACCUCAUUACCAUAAAACAAUGCUGAUACAACUUUCAUUUUUAUUAACUUUUUCGUUUUUUUAAAGUAAAUAUCAAGCAAUAUUAUUACAUUAUUUAUUUACACAGAGAUAAAAACAUGGUGUAAGAACUGAUACCGACAUUCUAUCUUUAUGGUGUUAUGAUGCUGAAUAACAACUGUUGACUUUUUCACAUAUUUGUUCAAUAUAUCUAAAUCAAUUGCUUGUGGUUAAGUUUCAAGCGAGAUCAUAUAAAUUUUCUUUAAAAAGUUGUCAUAUAUUUUUGUAGCUUGUUGAUUGUUCAGAUUCAAGAACAAAUAUUUGAGCCGUGUCACGACAAAACCAACAUAAUGGGCUUUGCGACCAGCAUGGAUCCAGACCAGCCUGCGCAUCCGCGCAGUCUGAUCAGGAUCCAUGCUGUUCGCUUACCAACCCUAUCACAAGUAGAGAAACUAAUAGCGAACAGCAUGGACCCUGAUAAGACUGCGCGGAUGCGCAUGCUGGUCUGGAUCCAUGCUGGUUACAAACCCAUUUUGUUGGUUUUGUCGUGACACGGCUCAUUUAAAUAUCGAUUUUAUUUUCUUACCCUUUAUUUAAAAAGCAAUGUUCACAUUAAUCAUUCUGUUAUUUACGCUAUGUUUGUAUUUUACUUUGCAAGCAUCAUAACCAAAUCAUUUUGUUUUAUUCAUUAUGUUUAUAUUUAUUAUGUUAAAUAUGUGAUAUUUAUGAAUAUUAUACUUAUUGACUAUUCCUGCAACUAGUUUUAUUUAUUUCGUUAUCAAUUCUUCUUAAGUAAUUUUGUAAAUCUAAUGGUCAUUCAAUUCAUAUUCAAAUUUUAAAAGCGCAAAACUUAUAUUUUUCAAGAAAUAAUAUUGUCCGAAUUUUGUAUAUCCGAAAAUUGGUUAACUCAUUAAAAAAUGCUUUAUUCUUGGAAAACAUUUAAUUAAUACAGUUAAUUUCAUAAAAGCUAAUUAGUUGGGUAAGGAUUAUUCUUAAAGGGAAAAUAAACAUUAAAUAUAGUAGACGUUAAUUUUAUUUUGCGAGAUCAAUAAUCGUUUGAUUCUGAUAUUAACUGGAUUAACGGGCGUUAAUGAUUAAGAGAAAAUUUCGACGUCAUCGUUAAGAAUUUUUGUUAAAAAAUGUUUCUUUCAUCAACUAGAUAUAUUGAACCUCUAAUUAAAAUGUUUUUCAUCUAUUUCUGAGGUUGGGCCAUUUUCGGUGGUUAGUGAACCUAGCUCUU